AGAUGCCUAUGCAGAUACCCGACAGAUGCCCAUACAGAUACCCGUAUAGAAAUAGAACCGAAUAGCUUGCAUGGCUUCGAAUGGGUGUUCGCGUAUUCAAGUUUUACGAAGAGGUUAAAAUAAAUGUUUUGUAAAAUGUUUCAGAACAUUACAUCAUAUAGGAUGAGUCGUUCAGGAGUAACGCACACGACACAGUCGUGUAGUCGAAUUAUUCCUCCUUCUAGAGAAUUACUACAUACUAAGUCUUUAGCUUUAUUAAAUCAAUCGCACAUAUCGGAAGUACAGGCUCGACUCUAUUCGAAUGCAUCACGGCGUCCAGGUUUCUUUUCAAAAUUUCUAGAGAAUAUUAAGCAAGAUCUUCAGAAAAAUAAAGAAAUGAAAGAGUCGUUAAAGAAAUUUCGGGAAGAAGCAGCAAAGCUUGAACAGUCAGAUGCUUUACGUUCUGCAAGGCAAAAGUUCCAAACCGUUGAAUCCGAAGCCAGCAGAAGUUCUGAAGUAAUUAAAGAGAAACUUGACACUAUCAAAGAAAAGGUUCAAGGAGUAUUAGAAGAGGCAGGCAAAACAGAGCUAGGUAAAAAAGCUGGGCAAUUUGGUGAGGAACUCUCGAAGUCAGCAAAAGAAGCAGCUGAAACCAUUUCAGAGAAAAGUCAAGCACUUGGGAAAACGGGUGCUUUUCAAACAAUAACACAGACUGCUGAAGCUGUACGCAAAGAAUUAGAUCACCAAGGUAUCCAAGGAAGAGUUUAUGUACCAUUAAAAAAAUUACGUAAAAGGAAAGAAGUAUUGGAAACACAGGAUGAUAGGCCAGUGGAAGCAAAUUUUGAAGCAACAGGUGUCGAACUGCAUAAGGACUCAAAAUUUUACCAGUCGUGGGAAAAUUUUAAGGAUAAUAAUCCAUACGUGAAUAAAGUUCUGGAUUGGAAGAUAAAGUACGAUGAAUCAGACAAUCCUGUAAUUCGUGCAUCUAGAAUUCUUACGGACAAAGUUUCCGAUAUCAUGGGGGGCUUGUUCCAAAAGACUGAACUUUCAGAAACUUUGACAGAGAUCUGUAAACUCGAUCCAAGUUUCGAUAAAGUUAAAUUUCUAAGAGACUGUGAAACGGACAUUAUUCCAAAUAUCCUGGAAGCGAUGGUCAGAGGAGAUCUUGAAAUUCUGAAAGAUUGGUGCCACGAAGCUCCAUUCAACUUGAUAGCACAGCCUUUAAAACAAGCAGAAAAACUAGGAUACCAUUUAGAUAGUAAAAUACUAGAUAUUGAUAACGUAGAUCUGGUAAUGGGAAAGGUGAUGGAGCAAGGCCCGGUCCUUAUCAUUAAUUUCCAGUCGCAGCAAAUAAUGUGUGUCAGAGAUUCGAAAAACAAAGUAGUCGAAGGUGAUCCAGACAAAGUGAUGCGCGUUAAUUACGUUUGGGUUUUGUGUCGUGAUCCAACGGAACUGAAUCCAAAAUCGGCAUGGCGACUUCUUGACCUCAGUGCCAACAGUACGGAGCAAUUUGUGUAGCGCAGAGGUUACAACCUAAUGAAUGUUUCAGCAAGCAAGAGGACAGUUUGUACCGUAUCGUGCUUGCUACAUUUCCUGAAUAUUGCCACUGUUUACUUUGAACAGAGAAGAGUGUACAGUUACAUGACGAUUGGCUUCGCUAGUUUGACGGUAAGAUUGCAUUCAAGAAUUUGUUAUCGAUCGACUAGAAAAAAAUUUUCACGCAGUACGUAACGCCUAACAAUGUACAGUAAAAAGGACCCUGUCAACUCAUGAAUUUCUGUGCAAUAAUUUUAAUUAUGAUUCUUGUUUAAUCAUAAAAUCAAUAGUAAUUGUACAGUCAAUCCAAAACGAUUUUUAAAUGGUAUUUCCUGGGCUGCUAACGAAACACACAGAACUUGUCCUGUACUUUAGGUUACUAGGACUAAGUCCUAAUACAGAAGCUGUUAAUCUUAUUCGGAUACGUUUUUAUUAUCAUAUGUAAUUUAGUUGGUAUAAAAUACUUAUUUCUUGUAUAUAUACAUGUAUAUACAACAAGGUACGAUCCAAAUGUUUCGCGUAGAAACAUAAUGAAACUAGCCAAAAGAGCUAUCUAAGUUUUUAAUUGACUUAGCGCAGGGAACGAUACUUUAACUAAGUAUAAUUUUGUAAUAUAUAUAUACACACAUGUUCAUACAAAAGUGACAACUGAAUUUAUUAGAAUAAGAUAGGACUUUUAAAGUGUAAUUCACAAUCGGUUUUGUUGACGUGGCCAUGAUAAAAACCAGGCAUUAUUA